AUGGAAUCCUCUCCAGCCGCUAGCACUCCUCAUGCGCCUCGAACACCUUCCAACGAUACAUCCACCACUGCACCACCUUCUAAAUCAAACGGCGCCAGAGAGCGUUCCAAUUCAUCUGCGCCACUAGCCAAGCGCUUCAAGGCCGAUCAAUCUGAUGUUUCAUCAACAGCACCUGCCAUUAAUGGCGCCUCUAUCUCAAACGAUGCAGGCACAGCCCAAGCCUCGGUCGCUUCCAAGAGCACGGCGCCUGCCGCUGCUGCUGUACCCGAACAAAAGGACAACUUUGACAGUCUAGUCGAUGUGAUGGGCGCUUCCGGUGUCGACCUGCAAGCAGAGGAGGAGGCCAUCCAACGCAGAGAACUCAUGCAGCAGUCUCAAAACGCACGCGAUAAACGUGUUCAGCCCGACGACGACGAUCUCUUCUUGCAAAUGUAUCCGCUCGCCUACAAAGUGCAUACACUCGCGCAGGAACACGGCUUGAGCGUUGACGCUGCCGUUCUCAACUAUCUCUCUCUCGCCGCCAGAACGCGGCUGAAAAAUGUGCUAGAAGCCAUGAUCGCAUCGUCUCGACACCGAAGCUGGUCCUCGCAUCAGCAUCCUCCGCCCCUCUACCCGUCCACAUCACAGCCAAUGUACCACGAACACAUCCUCAACGAUCCCAUCAAGCAGCUUGCCGCGCUCGAAAAGGCAGAGAGGGGGGAUGAGGCACGCAGGCGCCGUGAGCGUCUCGCCCGAGACGAAGAGUCCUCCGCUUCGGCAACCGGCUACGGUGGUGACGCCGACAUGGACAUGGACGAUGCAACUGGCACACCCCGAGCAGAUGGCAGAAAGAGGCCUAAAAAGAUCGGUCCAGGUGUCGCUGCACGAAACAUGUCGGAAGAUGUGCGCAAGAGGCUUGCUGACAGCACCGCCAUGCGCAAUCUUGGAGGUGGUUCAUCAAAGUAUUCUUGGCUCUCCGGCGGAUCCACAUUUCCGAGCGCCUUCAGUCCGUUGGGAUCCAAGAAGGGGAAAGGAGAUGCAGGCGCUGCAGAAGAUGGAACGACACCCAGUCGCCUUCCCAAGCCCAAGUUUGCACCUCAACCGUCCGUAUCAAAUUGGAGUGGCGCAGGCACAGGCGACAGUAGUACAGCCGGUGGUGGUGGUGGCGGCAGUGGUGCGAUGAAUGCAGCAGCUACAGGUGCCUGGGGCGAUGUGGCUGCUCGGCAGGCGGCAAAGGAAGAGGAGGAAAGGCAAGCAAGGCUCAAGGUCACCCUUCGCGAUGCUCUCUUCGCAUUGGAGUAUGAGAGAAGGGCGGGAGUAGGGCAUGGAAGUGGAGAGGCGCUGCUGUACCGAGUGCGUGCUGGUGGAGAACACUUGCUCAAGGCCAAAGAAGCAUAG